AUGUCACUACUCGGAAUCUUACUGUACACGCUCUGGCUGUUUCUCCCCGGGCCAAUUGUUGCUCUGAAAGUGAAUCAGACACCUUCAGCUCUGACCCUUCUCCGAGGACAGACAGCUCGGAUCGGCUGUUCCCUGUUAUCCGGGGACGAGCGGGUGGAUUCGGCGAGAUAUUAUUGGACUCGGAUUAGAGACCAUUCUGUAAACGGGUCCAAUAAUUUCCUGAAAAAUGGCACUCGGUUCUCUGUAUCUGUGAAGGAAGGCGGGCUGGUCAUUCGGGAAGUGACUGUGGAUGACUCUGACACCUACCAUUGCUCAGCGCUGAUAAUGGAUUCGAGACCCUGGGAAACAUAUUUUGGAAACGGAACAGAAGUAACCAUCCGAGCGAAGCCUGAUGUCUCCCUCUCUCUGAAUCCCAAGAACGAAGCCGCUGGGGUUCAGACCCUGAUUUGUGUGGCGGCGGGAUUUUUCCCGAAAGAUCUGAAUAUUUCUUGGACUGUAACGGGAGAUGUCUCGUAUGAAACAAAGGCGGAUCCGCUGAGGGUAAACGAGGACCUUACCUACAACCUGAGCUCCCGGCUGCGGGUGAACGACGCUCGGCGGGAGUCAGUUCCCGUCGCCACCUGCCUGGUUCGACACGUUACAGGGAGUGUGAGGACAAAUUUCACUUUCAACCGAGCGAAGCCUGACGUCUCCCUCUCUCUGGAUCCCAACAACGAAGCCACUGGGGUUCAGACCCUGAUUUGUGUAGCUGCGGGAUUUUUCCCGAAAGAUCUGAAUAUUUCUUGGACUGUAACGGGAGAUGUCUCGUAUGAAACAGAGGCGGAUCCGCUGAGGGUAAACGAGGACCUUACCUACAGCCUGAGCUCCCGGCUGCGGGUGAACGACGCUCGGCGGGAGUCAGUUCAGGUCGCCACCUGCCUGGUUCGACACGUUACAGGGAGUGUGAGCACAAGUUUCACUUUCAACCGAGGAUUCCCCAAGUAUUAUUUUGCUCUGCUGACUCUUAUCCUCAUUGUACCAUUAUGCUUCUGGAUCAUUAAUAAUCGAUGCUGUAAACACAAGAAUGGAAAAGAUUCAUCAGCCCAUGACAAAAAUGUUGAUAAUCAAACAAAGAGAAAAUGGAAGAAAGAUUCAGUAAACAGAGUUAACGUUUCUUUAAGUGAUGAAACUCUGCAAUAUGCAUCUGUUUAUUUUAGCAAUCCUCCCACGGGGAAGCAAAGGCAAGAAUUGAGAAGUCCAGCACAGGCCCAUGAAACAGAAUAUGCUGCUUUAAAGGUCAAAGAUAAAAAUAAUCUUAUCUAUGAAGAACCCGUAUGUAACUUCACAGUCAGCGUUUGUCCCACGUCAAAGAGAGCCCAGAAUGCUAAUUGCCAUACAACCACAAGUUUUUCUCUACAACAAUUUGCAUAAUUGUUAUAAGAAACAGAAACUAGAGAAGGUGGCACAGCUCCUGAAAUUGACGCCUUCUUUCAAUGAGCUCAUGACUGGUAGCACGUCUGUGACUCAUUCCCGAUUCCUUGGGGCUCAUAAUCCUAUUGAUCUCAAUAGCUGAGCAUUGUGUGUGUCCAUUGAGCCAGAGAAUUCCAAACUAGGUCAAUAUCUUUCUUUCCAUUGCAACUUUGAAUGACUGAAGCUAGUGGUGGAUUCUCUUGUAAGCGAACAGUCUCCUGUUGGUUCCUCUUUGAAUCCUAUGUUUCGUGAAGAAAUCUGCUCAAUCUCUCUUCACAGGACCACUCUUUCAUCUCAAGAGUCAAUCCAGGGACUCUGUCCUUGACUGAAUCAAAGGUAGAUUUAUGCUUUCUUUAAUAAGGAGGCAUGUGCUCCAAACCUGUUUUCAUUAUAUCAGAAAGACUAGCUUGAUUUUGAAUUCCAAAUUCUUUGCAAUGAACACCCAUUUCUUAUCUACUUUUCUACUUGCUUGCUAUACUUGUAUCAUCGGACAAAGUCAGCAUGGAUUUGUAAAAGGAAAAUCAUGUCUGAUGAAUCUUAUAGAAUUUUUUGAGGAUGUGACUAGUAGAGUGGAUAGGGGAGAACCAGUGGAUGUGGUAUAUUUGGAUUUUCAAUAGGCUUUUGACAAGGUCCCACACAGGAGAUUAGUGUGCAAACUUAAAGCACACGGUAUUGGGGGUAUGGUAUUGACGUGGAUAGAGAAUUAGUUGGCAGACAGGAAGCAAAGAGUGGGAAUAAACAGGACCUUUUCAGAAUGGCAGACUUUGACUAGUGGGGUACCACAAGGCUCCACUGCUGGGACCCCAGUUGUUUACAAUAUUAAUGAUUUAGACAAGGGAAUUAAAUGCAGCAUCUCCAAGUUUGUGGAUGACAUGAAGCUGGGCGGUAGUGUUAGCUGUGAGGAGGAUGCUAAGAGGAUGCAGGGUGACUUGGAUAGGUUAGGUGAGUGGGAAAAUUCAUGGCAGAUGCAAUUUAAUGUGGAUAAAUGUGAGCUUAUCCACUUUGGUGGCAAGAACAGGAAAACAGAUUAUUAUCAGAAUGGUGGCCAAUUAGGAAAAGGGGAGGUGCAACGAGUCCUGGGUGUCAUUGUACACCAGUCAUUGAAAGUGGGCAUGCAGGUACAGCAGGCGGUGAAAAAGGCAAAUGGUAUGUUGGCAUUCGUAGCAAGAGGAUACGAGUACAGGAGCAGGGAGGUACUACUGCAGUUGUACAAGGCCUUGGUGAGACCACACCUGGAGUAUUGUGUGCAGAUUUGGUCCCCUAAUCUGAGGAAGGGCAUUCUUGCCAUAGAGGGAGUGCAAAGAAGGUUCAUCAGAUUGAUUCCUGGGAAGGCAGGACUUCCAUAUGAAGAAAGAGUGGAUCGACUAGGCUUAUACUCACUGGAAUUUAGAAGAUUGAGGGGGGAUCUUAUUGAAACGUAUAAAAUCCUAAAGGGAUUGGACAGGCUAGAUGCAGGAAGAUUGUUCUCGAUGUUAGGGAAGUCCAGAACGAGGGGUCACAGUUUAAGGAUAAAGGGGAAGCCUUUUAGGACUGAGAUGAGGAAAAAUUUCUUCACACAGAGAGUGGUGAAUCUGUGGAAUUCUCUGCCACAGGAAACAAUUGAGGCCAGUUCAUUGGCUAUAUUUAAGAGGGAGUUAGAUAUGCCCCUUGUGGCUAAAGGGAUCAGGGGGUAUGGAGAGAAGGCAGGUACAGGGUUCUGAGUUGGAUAUCCAGCCAUGAUCAUACUGAAUGGUGGUGCAGGCUCGAAGGGCCGAAUGGCCUACUCCUGCACCUAUUUUCUAUGUUUCUAUGUUUCUUUUUCACAUCUCAGGAACUAAUACCUUAAGACUUUAACACACCAAUGAUUUUACCUUCUCACUUAAAAAAAGGACUGGCAAUUUCUUGUGAUCAAUGAAAUUAAGGCAGCCCCCAUCACCAUGCCUCUCACCACCCUUCCCCUUCUAUCACCAUCCACACCAGCAUGGACCUUCAGCUAGCAACUUCAUCCAGCAUGUUGGCUUAAUGCUUGGUGAAGGCCGACACAACAUAAAGUCUUCAGCAAAUACAGGUGUCAUGGGGCCAGGCUUAAAUUAGCUCUGACUGCAGAACUGCCUUGACAACCACCCAAGUGUGAUAUUAAUCAGCUGUUUUCAAACUUUUGAACCACCAACAAACUUUUAAUUCAAUUAAAAUUAAGAACCCCCAAUUAAUUCAGGAAGUUUCAAAUGAGCUGAAAACAGCCUCUCUCCAUCAGAGUCAUUAUUGUCAACAGAAAGAAUUGAGUUGCAGAAUCUGGUAGUGCAGUGAACAAAUAUUCCAAUAAUAUUUUUAGGAACCUGCAAGAAGUUGGUGCGGUAUCACAACGAGUCCAUUGUCAGGGAGCAACAGGGAAUUAAUCAGCAACAAGAAUGUUUUGGACUUCUGCAUUUACACAUGAUGGCACUGGGGCCUGCAACAUCCUGACACCUAUAGACGGAAGAGCAUUUCUUAGGAAAACCUGUUUCUUCAUUCUUCAGACCAAGUAUUUUCAAGAUUAUACUCCAUCUGCCACUUUCCUGCCAACUUGUUUGACAAGUCCACAACUAUUUGCAGAUCCUUUAUUUCUUCUUCAAAGCUCAGCUUCCCACUUGGAUCUGGAUUGCCAUUACUCAGCUUUUCACCUAAGCCACUAAUAGAUUUGAAAGCAGGAACCUCCUACUGCUUCCAGAGGCAGUCACUCGUGCCAACUUUCCAGGCAGACAGUGACUUGUUUAUCGCACAACACGCUGAAGGAACUCAGCAGG